GCGCACUUGUGAAUAUUAGUGCGCAUCAUUUUUUUAAUAACUACAAUCACAAUAAUUAAAGCAUGGUGUAGCCAUAUUUGGACUAUAAGUGAAUAAAAAGUGAAUUUCAGCUAAAACACAAGACAGCAGGCAUUAACCAUCACGGUUUGUUUGAAGAACAAGGAUUGAACGAUUGAAGUCGCCAUUUUGCUGGAACGCAAAAUUUGGGAAAACGACGUUUUUCGAGUUUUUUCGGACCAAGAAGAGCUACCAUGUCGGUUCAGUUCGAACUUUCACCGAGACCUACAGCAGUCUACGCACCCCCCUGCGCACCGACAUCACCCCUAUUUCCGACGAAUAUGCAUCCCUACUUCCCGGCGACGCUUAGGAGCGGCCACGAGGGACUGAGCGACACGUCCCCGGCGUAUUCGGCACAUCCGGCGUUUUGGGGCGGUCCGCACGCGUAUCCAUACACGAUGUCACUGAGUAGCGUGUACUUCAACCUCAACAGCUACCUGAUGGACGGACGGAGAUCCAGUUCCACCGGAGGUGAAGUGACGCUACACCCGGCCUUUCGUCCACGAACAUACAGUGGUCUGUCUGCUAGCCUGGGUUCCCCUGGCGCCACCACGAGGGACGGCUCGCUGCCCACCUCACCCAACUCCUCAUAUUCGGACGGCGACACUUCCGGUUAUAGUCACACGACCUCCCCAGAGAGACAACAUAGUCCUCCAUCGACAGAAAAGAAACCUCGGUUCGACUUCGCCCACCUUGCCGAGUCCGUAUCACGAGAUCUGCAGGAAACAGACGAGAGCGAGACUGGGUCACGUGACGCACAGAUAAUUAGCCACGCCUUCACAUAUAUUCAGGAGCGAAUCAGAUUGAACGCCAUGCUGGCCUCCAUGACAUUUCCCGGCAGCAGCUACAAAUUAUCUCCCCUGAUCGCACACAGGAGCGACAGCUCUGAAUUUCUCAAGCAGAAACGACCACGAAUGAGAGUGAAGAAGCAGUUCAUCUGUAAGUACUGCGGUCGCCACUUCACCAAGAGCUACAACCUCCUCAUACACGAGCGCACACACACGGACGAACGGCCCUUCCCCUGCGACAUCUGUGGAAAGGCCUUCCGUAGGCAGGAUCACCUUAGGGACCAUAGGUACAUUCACUCCAAGACCAAGCCCUUCACGUGUACAGUCUGCGGGAAGGGAUUCUGCCAAGCCCGCACGUUACAGGUCCACAAAGCGACCCAUCCGUCGCCAUAGAAACAAAAUCAGUUGUACUAAACUUGUGUAGUCACAGCAACAAGUUAGACAGGUGCACGUUGCAAUGAAACCGUCACGUCGUCAUAGUAACCAAGCCAGGUGCGCGUUACCGUGCAACCCAUGUAUCGUCAUAGCAACAACUGAGACAGGUGCACGCUACAAUGCAACCCAUGUGAUGUAAUAUAACUACUAAGGCAUGCGCACCUCGCCAUGUAGUCUACAUGUCUGAACCAGGUGCCCGUUACAAUGAAGUUACCAUAGCAACCAAACGAUAUUGACGCUUCCCUAAUGUGACUUAUACUUAAAACCCACGGGUAAAUAUAGUUCUAAGUAUGGCGUGGAGCAGCCUAGCUGUUGAUUCCUGUUACACUACGUACAGCGUUCGUGUGCAAUUAAAAGACCAUGUUAUGAUUUAUAUGUGCAAUUAAACACAGUAAUGUCCAAAACCGUACUCGCCAUACCUUUCAAGUAAAACUGUAUAAAUAUAUUCAUAAAUAUGUAAGUUAUGCAUUUGUUAUAUUGUUGUGUUUAUGUUAAUGAAUUUCGAUGUAAAUAAUUCUAAUUUGUUAUUUCUAUGAUGCAAUUAUUAUUUAAUA